AUGAACUUACUGUUCAUAUGUGGACGUUUGUACGCGAACGAGAACACGGUCAUCUCCUUCCGUCCGAGCUACGCUUAUAAGGCCCACGAUUAUCCCAUGACACUACCUCCCUCCACCCCCGGUCUUCCAGCAGUCUUUCUACCCGUAGAGGAAUCAGUGCAUUACCCUCUGCUUGGGGAUGCAUCCGACGACGCGUGGUACGCGCUCACCAACUGGACUAACGGCUUCGUCGUCCUCGGACCGGAGGAACGGCUGUUCGCUAUAACGAUGUUCCACGAGCUACACUGUCUCCGAAUACUCAACUUGGCGUAUGGAGAUCCAAGGAGGCCAGCGAAAGUCACAUCUCGCACUGUUUGGACUAUCUGCGGCAAAUGGUGCUCUGCUCGGCUGACGUGA